CCAAUAGUUGUUCUCAUAAUUGGACAACACUACUAUGGUGGAGACAAUUAGGACCUUAAACAAGAAUGACUUGUGGAUAUCACAAAACCAGCCAAACAUCCUACUGUAUCAACAAACCCUCUGUUCCAUCACCAACAGAAGCAGUAGCAGCUGUCGAUUUGCUUGACUCGAAUCAAUUCUUUGCCAAUUAUGAGAAGAAAAUGCAUGAACAUUGGCUUUGGCUCUAUACAUUAGUGCCACUGUUGGGCUGUGGCCGCCCCCUCUGUUUCUUAUUAACUGCAAACAGGGGACGGUCCUAUUUGCAAUUAAUAAUGUUCCAAUUAUCAUUAGUUUUCGGUUGGAUAAAUGCUACCAAAAAUUCAAUUCCUCUCUUCUCCUUCCUCCUGCCAUUAUGAUCUUAGUCAACAUCUCUCACCUCUUAUGGGACAAAGCUUCCAAAUUUUAGGGUUUUUCUUUCUUUAUAUAAUUCUCCAAUGUGAAGCACAACUUCCCAAGUCACCACAUACCCUACACACAGCCAAAAACAAAACCCAAAAUUUAAAAUAAUUUUCUAAGGUCUCUAAUCCAAUCCAAUCCGUACCGGACCGCUCCGGAUCAAACCGAUUGUUGGAUCAGAUCACACCAAAUCGAAUAUAAUGUGGUUCAUUCAUUGCUUCCUUAAUUUUAUAAAAAACUGAAGUAAAAUGGACCGAAUUGACAAUUCGUGCGAACCAAAGCUGGCCACAUCAUACCAAAUGCAUUGAUACUCCGGUCCUUGAUCCUAAUAUUUCUAUUUAUUGGAUUAUGAUUCUCAUGGUUUAGUACGGUCCGAACUGAACCGUUGCACACCUCUGCCCUACACUGCCAAAACAAAAACCAGAAAUUAAAUAUUUAUAAUAUUUUUGAAAAUUCUGUAAGUUCUCUAAUCCAAUCCCAAUGGUCCUCGUCUCUCCCUUCAAGCAUGUUCUUGUGGGGAUUAUUUUAUAGAAAAAAAUAAAUAAUAAUUUCCAGCAAUUAGGAAGUAAGCUGGAAGCUGAUGUGAUGAAUUUCCCCUGUGAUGGAGAAAGAAGGAGAAGAACAAGAAAACACAUAAAAUAAGGGCACUUGCAUCCGUUACAAGGCUACAUUAGCCCGCAAAAUAAUGAACCUUGCCCUUCAAACAAACCCCUCCCCACCAUUGAUUUCAAAGGGCCUAACUCUGUAUUUAAAACUUGCAUGUGAGAAAGGGACCUUGUUCCCUAAAUAAAAAGCAGUAGCAAGUAGUAGAAGCAACCCCCCCUUCUCUCCAAGUUCUAACCCCUUUCUGAAAGGAACCCCCUUCAAGCCUUUUUCUGAAAGGAACCCAAUUCAAAUCAGAAAGAAAGAUCCAAACUUUGUGUAUCUAUCUCCCAUUUUCUAACCCCCUCCCUAUCUUUUUUGGGUUGUGUCCUAAUCUGCCAGUCUCUUUUGAUGUGUGCAAAGCUUCCCCUGUUGUGAUGCAAUUAUGUGAAUGCAAGGUGGUGGUGUGACAUGGAGAGGAGGAGAAGGGUUGGCAUUGUUGGAGCUGGACCAAGUGGACUCCUAGCCUGCAAGUAUGUCCUCGAGAAAGGGUUCGAUCCGGUCAUGUUCGAGGCCGAGGGCGACGUGGGUGGGAUCUGGUCACACACGAUCGCUUCCACGAGGCUUCAGAACAAGCGAAGUACGUACAGAUUUACCGAUUUCCCCUGGCCCGAAUCGGUCAGCGACGUGCAUCCACCACACACUGAGGUCCUGGCAUACAUGAAGUCGUACGCUAGCCAUUUCGAGAUUUACCAACACAUCAGGUUUUGGUCCAAGGUGGUUGGAAUAGACUAUGUUGGUGAGUCAUUUGAGGAGAUGAAGUCUUGGGUUGUUUGGGGUGGAAGUGGGAAGCCCUUUGGUUCAUCAUUACCAUCUAAAGGGAAGUGGCAGGUUAGAGUUCAGGAUGUCAGGAAUUCAAGUGUUGAGGUUCAUGAAGUUGAAUUUUUGAUUCUUUGCAUUGGGUUGUAUAGUGGGUACCCAAACAUCCCAGAUUUCCCUCCAAAUCAAGGCCCUGAGGUUUUCAAGGGCAAAGUGGUCCAUUCAUGGGACUACUCAACAAUGGGUAGUGAGAAGGCAGCUGAGUUUGUGAAAGGGAAGAGAGUUGCCAUUAUUGGCUCUCAGAAGACUGCAAUUGACAUUGCUGCAGAAUGUGCCAAGGCAAAUGGACCUGAGUUUCCUUGCACAAUGAUCCAGAGAACAACUCACUGGACAAUCCCAAGUGAGACUUUGCUAGGGAUCAACAUUGGGUUCUUGUACUUGAACCGCUUCUCGGAGUUCCUGAUUCACAAGCCUGGUGAAUCACUCCUUCUCAGCUUGUUAGCCACAUUCCUCACACCAUUGAGAUGGGGAAUCUCCAAGAUGAUAGAGUUCUACCUGAGAUGGAAGCUCCCACUGAAGAGACAUGGGAUGGUACCAAAGCUCAGCUUCUUCCAGGACGUGUCCUCGUGCCACAUCUGCAUGUUGCCCGACAAGUUCUACGACAAGGUGGAAGAAGGAAGCAUCGUCAUCAAGAAAUCCAAAACCAUAAGAUUCUGCGAGAAUGGCGUCUUGAUCGACGAAGAAGGUCAAUCGGAGCCUGUCGUGGAAGCAGACGUGGUGAUCCUGGCGACAGGUUACAGGGGCGACCAUAAGCUCAGAGACAUCUUCGAUUCCCCUGCUCUGCAGAAAACCAUCUCUGGUUCUUCUUCCAUUGUCCCACUCUACAGGCAAGUGAUCCAUCCUCGGAUUCCCCAGCUGGCGGUGAUCGGGUACGCGGAGAGCCUAUCGAGCCUAUACGCGACGGAGAUCAGGUGUCAGUGGCUGGCGGAGUUUCUCGUGGGAAAAUUUGAGCUGCCGAGUGUGACCAAGAUGGAGGAGGAAGUGAGCAUUUGGGAGAGGUUCUUGAGGAGGCACAGUGGAGGGAAAUCUAGGAGGGCAUGUAUAAGCAACAUCCACAUAUGGAACAAUGACCAGUUCUGUAAGGACAUGGGGUUCCCUACUAGGAGGAAGAAAGGGUUCUUGAGGGACUUGUUUAUGCCAUAUGGACCUAGUGAUUACACUGGUCUUCUUGCUGACUGAAAAAUUCAUAAGGGUCCCUUUUUCCUCUACUAAAGGUUCAAUCUUUGGCAUUUGAAAGGGGGGGAAGUGGUGAUAAGGAAAGGAAAGAUGUGUGUUAUGUGUAAGUGUUUGGUGAUUUUUUUGUACACAUCAAAUUGUACUUGUUUUUAGCUUCUUUGUUUUUUUUUUUUUUUUUCUAAUGUAUAAUAGGAGGAGUUUAGUGUAUGAGUGUAUGAACCAAUCCACCAAAAAGAAGAGAAAUACCCAAGUGUUGGAAAGGGUUGAUGCAUUUUUUUUUUUUGGUCUUUUCCCUUUGUCUUUUGUCUUUCCCUUGUUUUUGUAAGUUUUUAAAGAGCCAAAUAGAUGUGGCCAAUGUUUAGAUUAUUUAAGAAUUAAGCUCACUUGUAAUAGCAUUUAAAAAAUGAACAGUUUAAAAGUGA